CUCCAGAUUGAGAAACGCAAACUGCAGGGGCUUGUGGUUAAUUGAAAUCGAUCCGGUGGUCUUUUUUUUUAAUGUGAAGCAGCAGCAGGGGUUCUUUCUCCUCUCACUUCCAACAUGACUUCACUGUCGGGGACCAAGGAGAGGUCUGUGAGCAGCCGGAGCAGAAAAUAUGGGGUGCCCGACACGUCCCCGACCAAAUCUGCCUCCUUUUUCCCGGACACAUGGUACCGUAAGCCCUACGAGGAAAACACCCGCUCCGGGACACGGCCCGCUCCAGAGGGGGCCGGAUCAAUGCCAAGCUCCACAGGCACCCCGUCCCCAGGCUCAGGAAUCUCCUCCCCAGGGUCCUUCUCUGGAUCCCCAGGGACCAUCUCUCCGGGGAUAGGGACAGAAUCGCCUGGUUCUCUGGGUGGCUCCCCAGGUUUUGGGACAGGAUCACCGGCUUCAGGCAGUGGAAGUUCCCCCGGUAGUGAAAGAGGGAUAUGGUGUGAGAACUGCAACGCAAGGCUGACAGAGCUGAAAAGACAAGCUCUCAAACUGCUCAUCCCUGGACCUUACUCCACCAAGGAUCCCUCUGUCUCUCUCCUCCUUCACGAUAAGCUUCAGGUGCCCAACAGUUCUCGGCGGGCGUGGAACGAGCGUGACAGUCGCUGUGAUGUCUGCGGCACUCACCUUACUCAGCUCAAACAGGAAGCUGUGCGCAUGGUCCUCACUCUCGACCAGUGGGAUUUGUCCCCCCCCUCUUCCCCUUCGGCCCUCAUCGGACGCUAUGGACCACCGGGUCCUAUGGGAGCAUCCGGGGGUCCUGGGUCACGGGACUGGAUUCCUCCUUUCCUCCCUUCUUCCUCCUCCUCCUCCUCCUCCUCAGCCGCUGCUGCCAUCUCACACCCGUCCUCCCAGUCUCCUUCCCCAAGCCCCAGCCAGACCCCAACGCCAAGCCCCAGCCACGGACUAUCCAACCCCAGCCAUGGGAGCCCCUCUGUGGGGCAAACAUCCGGCUGUGCUCCCACAAACCAACAACCUCAAGGCCAAGGGCACAGACUGGGGUCUAAACCCAGCUCCCUGGGGCUUGGUGGUGGGGGGGACAGAAGGGUUGGUUCCCCCAGUUUGGGAAAGUCUGUUGCCCAACAGCAACCAGUGACUGGAGUAAACAGCCCCGGCCAUAAUAGCGGAGCAGUCCUGAGCACAGCAGCUCUGCAGGCCCAUCAGCACCUGACCCGCACCAAUGGAGGAGUUACACUCUAUCCCUACCAGAUCUCCCAGAUGAUCUCUGAGGACUCCAGAGAAGGUUUGACCGAGGCUGCCCUGAACCGCUACAACACAAACUCUCCUUCACACACAAACUCUCCUUCACACACAAACUCUCCCUCUCACACGAACUCUCCCUCUCACACGGCGUCUGUAACCGUGGCAGCGCCGACCACCACCUCUGCUGCUGCCUCCUUCUUCGCCAGAGCUGCACAAAAGUUGAACUUAGCGUCCAAGAAGAAGAAGCAGAAGACCACCGCAGUUACAGCCCCAGUGACAUCAUCAACGCCGUCAUGUGACCCCCCUCUGUUCCCCACCAACUUUAGCUCCGCCUUGUUGAUGGCCCCCCCGCCGGCUCCACCCUGCCUUCUGCGUGCAGCCAACAAGAUCAAAGAUACCCCUGGACUGGGAAAGGUGAAAGUGAUGGUGCGCGUGUGUCCAGUGUCUCAGUCGGACGCAGCUGAGUCCAGUUCCUUCCUUAAAGUUGAUCCCAGGAAGAAGCAGAUCACCAUCAUGGACCCGUCAGCCAAUCAGACACAAAGCGCUGCCUCCACGAAGAAGGCAGCAGCCAAUCAGGUCCCUCCAAAGAUGUUCACCUUUGAUGCUGCGUUCCCUCCUGAUGCAUCACAGGCGGAGGUGUGCGCGGGAACGGUUGCCGAGGUGAUUCAGUCGGUGGUGAACGGAGCAGAUGGCUGCGUCUUCUGCUUUGGGCACUCCAAGCUGGGUAAAUCCUACACCAUGAUUGGCCGAGAUGACUCGCUUCAGGCUCUGGGAAUAAUCCCAUGUGCCAUCUCCUGGCUGUUUAAACUCAUCAAUGAGAGGAAGGAAAAAACCGGAGCUCGCUUCUCAGUGCGCGUGUCUGCAGUGGAGGUUUGGGGAAAAGAAGAGAACCUUAAGGACCUGCUGUCUGAAGUCGCUACAGGAAGCCUACAGGAUGGACAGUCACCUGGAGUCUACCUGUUUGAGGACCCCAUCUGUGGCAUGCAGCUCCAGAACCAGUCUGAGCUGCGCGCUCCGACCCCAGAGAAGGCCGCCUGGUUUCUGGAUGCAGCCAUAGCAGCUCGCCACAGCAGCCAGCGGCCAAACACCACCGAAGAAGAACACAGGAACUCACACAUGCUGUUUACACUACACAUAUACCAGUAUCGCAUGGAAAAGACCGGCAAAGGAGGGAUGUCAGGGGGUCGCAGUCGCCUCCACCUGCUGGACCUGGGCAGCUGUGAUGUCAAAGUGCUCGGAGGAGGAGGAGCGGGAGGUGGGAAAGGAAGGGAGAAUUCUUCGCCCAGCUCGGCCCCUCUGUGCCUUUCUCUAUCCGCCCUCGGCAACGUGAUCCUGGCCCUGGUGAACGGGAGCAAACACAUACCUUACAAGGACAGCAAGCUGACCAUGUUGCUAAGGGAGUCGCUAGGCAACAUGAACUGCCGGACCACCAUGAUUGCUCACAUCUCUGCCUCACCCAGAGAUUUCUCUGAAACGCUUUCCACCAUCCAGAUUGCUUCCCGCGUCCUCCGCAUGAAAAAGAAGAAAACUAAAGUCACAGUGCAGUACACGUCCAGCUCCUCUGGAGGAGAGAGCUCCUGCGAGGAAGGUCGCAUGCGUCGACCGACACACUUGCGACCUUUCCAUCACCGUGGCGACACCGACUCUGACCUUCCCUUGCUGCGACUGUCCAGCGACCCUGACGAAUAUUCGAGCAGCGAGCAGUCAUGUGACACGGUGAUCUACGUGGGUCCGAAUGGAGCCGCGGUGUCAGACAGAGAGUUAACGGACAACGAGGGGCCGCCAGAAUUUGUACCAAUAAUUCCUGCUUUGCUUCGAGGGAAAACAUCAGAGCCGCUCCAAACACAGCCAGCUGGAGCCCAGAACAAGGUGAUUUAAAUAUAUUUACAUUUAGACAAUCAGAACUCCAACAGGUGGAGCCAGAGGAGCCGGGCCCCCCCCCAGCCUCAGCCCUCUCUGCUGGGGCAGCCACUGGCCCCCGUCCCAGAGGAGGCAGCUGAGUGCCUGAAGUGCAACACAUUUGCUGAGCUGCAGGAGAGACUGGACUGCAUCGAUGGCAGCGAGGAGGUUGCAAAGUUCCCAUUUGAAGAGGUUUCAGCGGGCAAACCAGGCCCAACACAGGAGCCAUGUCCAUCUUCAGCUGUCCCGUCCUCAGCUCCCGCUGCGCCUGGCUCUGCUGCUGCGUUGGAUACAGAAGCCAAAACAGGCUCUGCUGCAGGAGGCGCAGUGCAGUUCUUUUCCUCGACAGUAACCACUUCCAGGAGGAGGACCAAUGACCAGCAGCUGCAGGAUAUUAAGGAGGUGGUGGAGGAGGCAGAGCUGGCCCAGACCAUGAUCCACAGCCUGGCUCAGAGUUCUGGUUCCCCCAUAGUAACGAGCACCAGGAGCGUCACAGGGAGCAGCUGCAUCACCUCGAGCCCCUUGCACAGGACCAAGAGCUGCAUGCAUGACAGCCAUGAGAGUCUGAAUAUGGGCACUGAUGGGAAGGCCCGUCCAUUGGGAUCACCGCGCCUCGGCAUCGCCAGCCUGACCAAAACCUCAGACUACAGGCCUCCGUCCUCCCCGUCCCAGCGCUGUAAAGUGUACACCCAGAAGGGGGUGAUGCCGGCGACUCCUCCUCUGUCCUCUUACACUCUGGCUCAGGAUGGCCAGGGCACAGAAGUGUUGACCUCCGACAACAGUUUGGCUGCAGACAGCGGCCGCUCCUCCACGGACUCCAUGCUGUCCAGGACUUCUCCGGUGGGCAUGAGUCCACAGGUCCGAGAGCCAGCUCAGUCUCUGUCCGCCAGCCUGGGAUCAGCAGAGACGCUCUGUGACGACGACGUCCCUCCGAUCCCCCUGGACACGCUCAGAGAUGGGCUGGCACUAUCUGUAGGAACAGUUGGACCUCUGUCGCGCGGGGAGGAUGAACUGAUGUAUGCUGUGGUUUCUGGAGGUGAAGAGGACCUUGUUGUUACAGCUAUAAUGGACACUCAGGAUCUGACCUGUCGUCCAACGAGCAUCAUGAGCUUCAAGAGCGACUGCUGCUCCGUCACUUCCCUCGCCUCGGGCCACGGUUCUGCUGAGGGUGGAGCUGUGGAGGAUUAUCACGUGCCUGCAGGGUCUGCAACCACCUCAGGGGUGGCAGAGGUGGCCAUGGCCAAGCUGCGGAUCGAAGGUGAAGCUUUAGCCACAGUGAUAUCAUGCUGUGGUUCACCCAUUUCCUCCUGGAUGAGUGACCUGAGCAUGGCCAGUGAGGCGGACCAGUCCCUCCACAGCUUCAGUCAGUCCCAGAGCCAGCAAGGGGAGGCCCUGGCUGAACCUGAGCCCGCCCAGAGCCAGGUGCUCGGGGCGGAGGGGCCGGGUGGGUACGAGAGCUGUGGCAGCCCGAGAAGAGGGAGUCUGGACGGAGAAGUGGUCCUGUCAGAAAACACGUGUGAUAAGGCAACCCCAACGAAAGACAGGCGGAGGAAACUGCCUCCCUCCAUGGCUAAAACUAACAUCCAAAUCCUGGCCGGACCGGGGUACUUCUCCCCCUUCAAGCCCAGCAUCAGUGUGCACCCCUGUGUGGCUGUCAAACCCAUGGUCAUACAGGAAUCAACCAUCCUGUCUUCACCCACCAAGACCAGCCUAAUGAAAGACAAAUUCACUGCACCACUUCUAGCUUCUAUUUCCAGUGAUAUGAGCUUUGAGGACCCCUGGUUGAAGCGUGGCAUGGAGGAGAGGAAGUCCAGGGAGCUGGUGUGUGAAGUGAAGCCGGAGAAGAGGGAGGUCGAGCUUUCAAAGAGCCAGACUGGAGCUGUGACAGGAGACCAACGAGGGUUCUGCAAGGAUGGUGGUUAUCGUGGCGGCUGUAGUCCAGGUGUUGAGGUUGUGUCGUCUCCAGAUUCCUUUAAGAGGGUGGUGGACGGCUGUGAGAUGGUGGUGGUCGCUCCUCAGGGAGAAUGCCUGACUGGUUUCUACAGCCCAGACGUCCACCGUACAGCCAGCCUCCCCCGCGGCUGGCACCGCCUCAACCGCCACGACGGCCUGGACUUUGGGACGGAGUACCGCAAUCUUGGAGUCACCUCUUCCACUCCCUGCAGUCCCAGAGCCACACUUGACCGCAGAGGAUCAACUGGGAAACAGGGCUUUUUCUCCCACAGGAAGGGGGGGAUCCCACCUCUGCCACCGAUAAGGAAGUCCAGUCUCGAGAGGAACCGAGCAGUCAGCCCUCUCCCCCAGCCCAGCUAUGGAGGCUUGUUUCUGGGCAGCUCAGCAGAUGAUGCAGAGAUCUCCAGACUACGAGGCUCCAGCAUAGACAGCAGCAGACUUUUCAGCGCCAAGUUGGAACAGCUUGCAAACAGAACCAACUCUCUGGGUCGGGUGAACAGCUCCCACAGUGGAUCCCACCACUAUGACUGCUUCUCUCUGGAGAGAGGGGGGAGCCUGAGAGGGGGAGGAGGAGUAAAGGGGGACAGCACCAUGCCUCGUACUGGGCGCAGCCUGACCCGGGCUGGAUCAGUAUCUUCUCCCACUGGAAACGCUGGCAGCCCCGGUUUCAGCGCCAGUCCCAGCAGCGCCCCGCAGUCACCCGCCAAAUCCAGCUGCCAGUCAAAGAUCUCAGCGGUCAGUAAGCUGCUGAUGACCAGCAGUCCCAAAACCAGGAGUCUGUCUUCGUCCAGCACCAAAACGCUGAGCUUCUCCACCAAGUCUUUGAGCCAAGCCUCCAGCCGCAGCUCCAGCCUUCCCCCUAUUGGAAAGCAGCAGCAGCAGCAGCAGCAGCCGCAGCAGCAGCAGCAGCAGGGACCCUCCCCUGUGUCCUGGUCCACCCAGUCUCUGAGUCGCAGCAGGGGGGUAAGCCUGUCUGCCAAGCUGCCUCUCCGGGCUGUCAACGGUCGAAUCUCAGAGCUCCUCCAGGGAAGUGCAGGCUCUCGUUCCAGGAGUCAUGCCCAGGGAGGAGGCACUGAUCCAGCAGAGGAGAGAGGAGCUGCAGGGGCAAGUGGAGGGGGAGCUGUAGCAGUAAGUGGGGGUAGUGGUGGAGGUGCAGGUGGAGGUGCAGGUAGCAGCGUGGGGGGGGAGGAGAAGGCAGCCGUGGUCCAAACGCUGCCCUCCCCCUACAGCAAGAUCACAGCGCCCAGAAAGCCCCAGCGCUGCAGCAGCGGCCAUGCGAGCGACAACAGCAGCGUACUGAGUGGAGAGCUCCCCCCGGCCAUGGGGAAGACGGCCCUGUUCUACCACAGCGGGGGCAGCAGCGGCUAUGAGAGCAUGCUGAGAGACAGCAGCGAGAACACAGGAAGUACGUCCUCCGCCCAGGACUCCCUCAGUGAGCACAGCUCGGCCACCACCUCCUCCAGGCGGAGCUCCAAGAGCAGCAAGAAGAGCAGGAGCAACACAGGUCUGCAGCGUCGUCGUCUGAUCCCAGCGCUGACCUUGGACUCUUCCUCCUCCUCACCCUCUCACCGCUCCUCCAAGCAGGCCGUCACUUCAUCUUCUUCGUCCUCCUCUAGCCCAGGUGCAUGCUGGGUAGAUGGCCCACUGGGGCCCCCGGCUCCCUCAAACCUCCGGGGCCCGGCUGCCACGACAGAAACCUUCGAGAUCAAGGUGUACGAGAUAGAUGACGUCGAGCGACUGCAGAAGAGGAACAAAGGAGGGAGCAAGGAGGUGGUGUACGUCAGUGCCAAGCUGCGGGUGUUGGAGAACCGUCAGCAGAGAAUCACUGAAGUCAGAGCAAAGUACCAGUGUCUGAAGAAAGAGCUGGAACAAACCAAGCAGCACCUGAUGCUGGAGCCGCACAAAUGGACCAGCGAGUUUGAGAUACAGCCGACCCAUGAAGUGGACUCUCUGGAGUAUUUGGAGGCUCUGGAGACCGUGACGGACAAACUGGAGACUAGAGUCAACUUCUGCAAAUCCCACCUGAUGAUGAUCACCUGCUUCGACGUGUCCUCCAGAAACCGGUAGACGAUGGAGGGACGGAGAGCUGGAGGAGAGAGAGACGCAGACACAGCUGGACUCAAUUAGACUCACCCUUUCCCCACCAAUAACUCAAACAACUUAAUAUCUUCUUAAUGGAUAUUAUUGAAUGGUUGGAAGAAGGAUACAGGGGCGGACCGACCUCUCAUCCUCCUCCAGAUGUAAGUAGCAGAAGGACAGAGAGAUGGAAGAAAUAGAGAUAUUUACAGAUAUUUAACAGACCAGCAGACAGAUACGUUUAUAGAUUUUUUUCUUCUUGGGGCUUGAAAAAAAACCACCUCAGAAAUAACCUUUGAACAGCAUCUAUUGAACGGGCUACUUUGAACCAGAUGAAUAUGGCUGAAGCGGAUAUAUGGCUCUGGGUCUGAAAAGAAAGAUCAAACGUAACCAGGACAAGUGAAUAAUUAGACACCUCUAAGACUGAGUCGAACAUUUGGGAAUGUAUGGAGAGGAAAGGAGUCGAGAAAGGAACAAAAAAACUGCCAUUUUUUUCUAAACAAAGCCACAGAGGAGAAGAACAAUUUCUCCCAUCAUUUUAGAAGAGCACUUUUUAGGUUACGCAGUUGAGAGCCAUUGACUGCAGCAUGGUCUGGUAUUGUUGUGCAGUUAAUAAUGAGAAAAUGACCAAGAGAAAGACAGGAGGACAAAGGAAAUGAUUUAGAUAAGUGCCUUGUGAACAAUUCAUCAAUACCAAUUCUAUUUCUCACUGAAUUUGUGUACUUGCAGUAAGUAUGGUGCUAGCAUAGAAAAAAAGACCACAAAAGAUCAGUGUCCUUGGAAAAUCUUUGAAACUAUAGCAAUCUUUGAAUGUGAUGUUGAAGGGUCGAUGUUUCACUAUAUCAUAACCAAUAGUGUAUGUUUGUAUGGUCUUUGGUACACUGAUGAGAGGUGAGACUAAACUGGAUCCCUAACUAAAAUAGACCUACAAAAGAUGGACAUGGACACAUUGUCUUUUUUUAAAUGGUGCAAGGACCAACAAUCCCAUAACAAAAAAAGUACAUGAUUUUUCCAGGACACAGAGAAAUGUGUGUUUAAAAUAAGAUAAAAAAAACACUAGUUUCUUGUGCGGUUGUUUUUGACUUUCCCCACAAACAGAGCACAUCUGAAUUUUGACCCUCUGGGGCUUACAUACAGCAUGUCUCCCCUGAUACAGAUGUGAUGGCUUGUUCAUGUUCACAAAGCAAUGAAACGUCUGAGUCACACAGGAGAGGAAAUGGAAAGGAGCUUUCUCUGCUCCAGUGUGAAGUUCAUCCAUCGAGUGUCGGACUGACUGACACGCAGACCGUCUGUUAUUUGUAUCCGUGUUGUUCUGCUCUAUUCUAAAAGAAAUGAAUGAUUUGUCAACGUGUGUGUUUUAUAUUAAGGUUUUCUUUUUUUUAUUGAGUGCAAUGGACCACGUAGAGAAUAUGUAUUUUAGAAAGAGAAUACAAAAGACAAAAUUGUGAGGAAGAUAAUUAUACUUCUUAAAACCUGUAUUAUUGGAACAAAGUAUAGUGAAUUAAAGAAUGACUCGCUUGGAACGACAAUAACAAAUGGGCUUUUUAUAUAGUUCCAGUUUGUCUUUUAUUUAAAGGAGACAGACUUUAGAAAAGAACAAUUUAAAAUAAAUAUAUAAAGGACUGAAAGAGAACUAAAGAAAAGGAGGGUGACCAAAUGAAAGGCAUAGAUCUCUGCCUGGUUCCAUUUUUUUGGACGCUAGCAACAAUUUGUUAAUAUUAUUAUCUAUGGUGCUUGAGAUGUUUAUGAUCUAAAUGUUUGUACAAAUAUAAAUAUAAAAAAGAGCCUGUUUCCCUCCAGAACCAUACCCUUCGAAUGCUUCUUCUACAUCGCUGUCCUCACGUCACGUCUG